GAUGGCUACUUUGGAAAAAGAAGUACCUGAUUUAGGUCGAAUAGCGGAAGAGGCUAGAUCGGUUUUAGCAAUGCAACCUAAGAAAAGUAUUUUAAAAGUUCGAGAUCGGCCAUUAGAGGCGCAAUCUAAACUAGAUAUUCUUGUAAAGAGAGAGGAAAAAUCUCAAAUACAAAUUAUCAAUGAUAAUAAAGAACAAACUAUUGUACAAGAACAGCAAAAGAUACAAAACGAACUACAAAAUGAUCUUAAAAAAGCGUCUAAACUCAGCGUUGUCAAUGAUAAAUCAUCACAAAAUGAUAGGCGCGAUUCAAAAGAUAGUACGGCCGAAGUUUUAGAAUCUUUAAGAGAUAUUAAUAAGGAGAUAAAUACCAUUUAUCCAAAAGAGCCGAGAACUUCUCUUCUUGAAUGGACAGGAUAUUUCCAAUUUUUUGCAUGUUUAAUAGAUGUUUGUAUAUCUGCAAUAGGAUUUAAAGGAACUAAAAAGACGGUUAUAGCCCAUAUAAGCGUCCUAUGUCUUUUCUUCUUUAAUCAACCUAUUAUCAUUGUUAUGUUUAUUCUAUAUAAAGAUUUAGCUGAUAACUAUUUAAAAUUGCAUAUGCUUAAUAUGAUUAAAUAUAAUUAUCGACAAGACGAUGAAACUCAAAUUGUAACUUAUAAUGAAACGUCUAAGUUUGGCAUCAAUAAUUAUGCGAAACAAUGGAAUUAUUUACAAUCAAAGUAUAAAUGCUGCGGUGUACUUCAUCCUAACGAUUAUUGGAAUAGGACAAAUUACAAUUUCUUUUUCGUAUUUAAUCAAACUUUUAUGAAAAGAGGUAAAAUUCCGGCAUCUUGCUGUAAAAAAUCCCAUAAUCCCAAUAAUCUGCUAAAUUAUUUGGAAGAUAAAGACGCUAAAAAUUGUCUAAAUAAUACAUUGUUUGUUUACGAAAGAGGUUGCUUUAAAAUUAUGCAAAUUAGAUUACAAACUUAUUCGGAUAUAGUUAAAUCAUUUACAAUUUCAACAAUUCUUCUCAAGAUUAUGCUGAUUAUUACUGCAGUUUACUAUCUAAGAAAGUUAAGGAGGCCUAUAAAACGGAGAAAAUUAAUAUAUGAUACUAAUUCGAGUGAUUUGAAUACAGCGGAAGUUGAAGAAGAGGAAGACGAAGAUGACAUGCAAGAUAUGUCAAAAACAGGAUCCAAAAAUGAUUUAUCAUCUUUAAUGGAAAACAUAGCGGCAUCUGGAGCUGAUGGUAAUAUUCUACCGUUUUUAUUACCAUUUUUAACACAGUAUCAAAUGAUGAAUCCUGCUUGGCAAAGGAAGAUAAGAAAUUUGCAAAAAAUUACUGCGCUAAACGCUCAAAUGCAACUAGAAAAGUUACAAGAAGAGGAAGCAGCUAGAAAAAGGAAGGAAAAAACGAAAGAGAUCAAGGAGCAGGUUCAGGAAGGAGGAAAUGUUUUAUUAGAAGAUGAAAAUAUGAAUGACAAACAAAAGAACAAACCUCCAAAGUCUGUUACAAAUAAAGGAAAAUUGAAAAAAGAAACUAAAACAAAAUCCACAGAAGAAACGAAAGGUGUUGCUAAAUCUGGAAUAAGCCCGAAGAAUGACAAGUCAAAAGCAAAAGUAGAAAGUGAUAAAUUGGCUGUUGAAGAUGUUAAAAUUGAUAUACAGGAAUCUAAAGAAAAGGUAGAAUUUGAAAAAAAAGACGACACGGAAUCAAAUUUAAUUGCUAAAGACAAGUUAAAAACAUCUGAAAGGAAGAAGGAAGACGAUAAAAAUAUUGAAGAUAAAAUUGAAAAGAAGAAAAGUGACGCCUCCAUAGGUUCUAUGGCAAAAAGGAGAUCCGAAAGAUAUCUGGAUAGAUUAACUAAGCAAAAAAGUAGUCAAAGGUUACCGUUCGAUCUAACGGAUAGAGAAAGACGGUCCCUUUUUCCUAAAUACUCGAGAAGAACUUUAGAUUUAUAUAAAGAAGAUUCUAGGAAAGUGGAAACAAUUGAUCAGAUUAUAAACGAGGCAACGACUACAAUAAAAAAUGACCAGGAUAGAAUAAAAAAUCUUAGUACUCUGGGAAAAUUGGGCGUCAAGAAGCAAGAAAGCACAUUUACAUGGAGAACGUCCAGCAGAGCCGAUCUUUUCCAAAUGAAAACAGAUAAUCCAAUGAAAAAAAGAUCUUUCUUUAAAGAUCAAAGUGAACAGUUACUAGCGGAUAGAGACUUUGAAAAGAAAAGACAAGAGAGCGAAGCUCAUCUCCAAGAGCUAUUAGAGAGAAUGAAGAAAACUGCUUCAAACUUUAGGUUGCAAAGAAGAUUUUCAAAAGAUCAGGAUACACCUAAAUGA